UUUAAAUGAAAUAAAAUUAUGAUCAUGUUAUAACCUCUUAAGCAAUAUAAGAUGUUAUAAAAGGAGGUGAUAAAGUUGAGGAAAUUCGUAUCUAAUAUGAAAUCAAAUGUGUUGGAAUUGAAAUUGAAACAACUUAAAUGUAUUAUUUCAUAUUCAAAAGUAAAGAGGAAAGGAAAUAGUUAAAUAUAAAUUUACAAUCACUAAAAUUGAUUUAUCAACAGGUCUUAAAUAAUCUCAUGAUUUUUUCAGAAGGUAUAAUUAAAUUCAAAAACUAAUAGAUAUACACAUUUCUUUUGGUUAUAAAAUGAAUUGUAAAAUAAAUAAAUUGGAAGAAUAAUUCCCAGUCUCCCUGAAAAAUAAACUGUUUAUGAUAAAGAUAAAAGGUAUCCUUACCUUUUAUAAUGAUAUAGAAAAUUAGAAUUUGUUUAUUUUAUGUAAAAAGUAUUAAGUCAUAAGAAAUUGUAAUCUAUGGAUUGUAUAGAAAGAUUUUUUAGUAAAGAACUUAGUGUAACAAAUUAAUUAAAUAAACUUUAGGAAUAUGAUAAUUUUGAACAUUAUGUUGAUAGUAUGAAAGAAUCUUAAUCAAUGAUAAAUAAGUUUAUAAAUACAGGGAUAUAAUUUAAAAAUAUGUUUACAAAAGUGUACAAUUAUAAUUCAGUAUAAAUAAUACCUAGAAUUCCUGAUGAAAAUGAUAAAUAAUUUGAAGAGUGUAAAUUAUAAAUUCUAUUAUUAAAAAGUUAAGAAAGAUUUAGAAUUAAAUAAAUUGAGUACUGAAAUGAUAACAUAAGAUCUUUAGAAGAUUGUAUAGAAAUUGCAAAUAUAAGCUAGAUCAUUAUAAAAUAGUUGUGACUUAUUCAGUAAUGUUUAUGUAUAAUAGUAGUGAAUGAAUGUUAAGGGAUAAAGGAAUUUAUAACAUUAAAAACUAUAAUAAAAAUUUAUGAAACUUAUGAAAUAAAAUUACGAUAAAAAUAUAUUUACAGAAUGGAAGCAAGUAUUAAAGAUUAUGAUUAAGCAAUUAAAUUAAUAAUAUUAAAUAGAGACUUAAAAGAUUAAAUAAAUAAAGAUACUCAAUUAAUUAAUAAUCCAAAUUACCGAUCUUAAAUAGAUGAACUGAAAAUGUAAAUCAGUAGUAACAGAUAGAAAGUAGAAUAAUUAAAUUUUAAUUUUCUUGAUGAUAUAAAUUUAUUUAAAGAGUAAUAAAUUGAAUGUUUGAAAGAAGUUCAACAUUAAUUUUAUUUAGAUUUAUAGGAAUGUUAUGAAUCAAUAAAAUAAUAGAAAAUUGAUUAGUGA